AUGGGCACUAAUAGGCUGCACUGAUGAGCACUGAUAGGCGGCGCUGAUGGGCACUGAUCUCCAGCAAUCUUUAGGACCCAGGGGUGGACAGACAACUCAUGGGGCCCCCGGGCAAUAGGGGAUCAUGGGGCCCCUGUGUCCUUGCCCAAACUCAAAAAAGCCUAUAAAAAGGUACCAGGGGCAUCUCAUGGGGCCCUCUACUGACCCCGGGCCCUCGGACAGUGCCCGAGUUUCCAAAUGGUCAGUCCGCCCC